GCUGCUCUGUUUUCUGCUGCUGGCCUUGGCGGAUUUUCUCAAAACGCAUCUCCGACUCAAAUGAUUGCUCCCACGCAGCUUCUUCCUCCAACAAAUGCGACUAUUACUCCUACCAGUAUGUAUACAGCGACUUCUAGUUCGUCUCAUCAACCAGUAACAUCUAUGUCCAAGUCCCGUGUGCUUUACCAAUCGGCUGCUGUUGGAGAGACUCCUCAAUUAUCUAACACGUCUUCAUCAACAAGUAUUUCAAGACAACCUACAAUUUCUUCCGUAUCAUCAGUUGGGUCGUAUGGUGGUGCUUACCCUGUUCGCUUUUCAGCACCCGCACAUAGUCAGCAUAACUUAGCGGCUUCCUCACAAGUUCAAGGUUGCCCUUCAAAUGUUCUCCAAAACUCUACUUCAUCGUCGCAACUGACUGGAAAUAUGGAUUGUUACAAUCGCGUUUCACAAUCACAGUCUAUCGCUCAUCAGCCUGCUCAGUCAGUAUCAGCUGUCGAUGCUCAAUCAUCUCUUCUUGAUCGUAUUUUACAUCAUUCUUCAUCUCCAGCGCAACUGCAGCAAGCUAUACAGGCCCAGCUUUUGGCCCACUCUGGACAGCCACCGCAGUUUCACCAACUCAUUGAUAGCAUUCUCCGCAACGUAUACACUGUUCAGCUUUCAAAUCAAGCUUCGACCGCUCUCAGUGCCUCGAAUGCCCCUAGUUCGGUUGCUAGUACGAGCAUAGGAAAGCAGAGUCCUGCUGUAAAUACAACCUCCAAAAAUGUUUUUCUUCACUAUCUUGGACAGAUAGAUGCUCCAGUAACCACUGCAUCUCAAUUUGCCGGCUCUGGAAAUGUGGUCUGUCAACCUUCAACUCCGAUCCUCCUAGGCUGCAGCUCUGGUAUACCCAAACUUACCGCAGCAACAGUAGUUGCAGCUGGAGCAGCAUUCGCCUCUCAGCGAAACACUUCGUCGACUUCAUCUGCCCAUCGUCAUCAGGCCGCUCACCAAUCUCAUCCGCAUCACCAGCAUCAUACACAGCAACCACACCAUCAGCAUCAUAUUCAAGCCAAUCACCAGCAGCAGACUGUUUCAUCCGUUGGACGAACUUGCCUUCCAGCAGGUUCAUCUGCAAACAUUCCUUCGACUUAUUCCAUGCUCAGCCACGCCACGGGCGCAUCUUUGACGUCAGCUUCUCUGACUUCUGCUGCUGCUACAACCUCGGUGAUCACCACAACUCCUACCACUGGAAUCGCCGCUCGGACGCGCAGUUCACAGGCACGGUCAGGUGGGGCUUCUCUAGCUUCCGAACGUAAUGGUAUCUCUUCGGCUGGAGCUGGCGGAUCCAGUGGAGCGCUAUUUCAAGUGCCCCUGCUUUCCAAAUUGCCAGUACUUGAUCCGAAGUCCAUUGAUACGGAAGCCUUCCUCCAUUGGGCCAUCAAUAAUAUUUUGUAG